AAAAAAAAUUCAAGGCGGCUCUUUCUCUCUUCUCUUUCCCCAAAUUCUUCCCGCCACGAUUUCUCAAUUUCUCUCUCUCUCUCUCUCUCGCUCGAUUUUACCAGACAAAUUCAAAGUUCAAUUCUACCUUGAAUUUUACUCAUCGAAGUUUAAUCGAAUUUCUGACAGAUUUCAAUUGUUGAUGUCUUGAUGAAUUUCACUUAAGAAAGUUGAGGCAAGAUGAAAGCUUCAGGUCAGCGGAAGAGAAAGGUAGGAGAGGUUUCUGAAGAGAAUCGGAAAAGUAUUGGUGCGGUAGCGAAGAAAUCUGCUAAUGGAAGCUGUAAACGGCGUCCGAAACCAGCAGGGGAGUGUAAACUUUUGUUGCCCAAAAAUGACCUAAAGGAGAAACCUUCAACAACUGCUCAUUCACCUGGUGAAACAACUAAAGUUACUAACCCAUCUAAUAAGGAAACAGCGAAGGUUCAAAACGUCAAGGUUCAGAAGGGAGACAGUUUGACUUCUUCAAAGAUUAAAUUGCAGCUCUUUCCAGUAAAUUCAAUGACUCGGUUGAAGUUGGAGAAGGAUGGUCAUAAUCCAUUCUUGGAACUCACUCUAAGUGUUCAGAAGAAAGUUUCAUCUGUGAUUAAGCACCUUAAUACCAAGUGGGGCUGCUCUAGUGCAGCGCUUGGAGAGCUUAUGCUUUUUCCCUAUGAUGUAAGAUUGGAAAACAUUGCUUCAUCCAGAAGCUGGACUUCAGAUUGUGGUAGCUUUACCGCUGGAGAGCUGCAUGAGGCUCUAGAAACUCCUUCAAUUUUUCGCUUAAAGUAUGGAUGGUUCACUAAUCUUCAUGUGGAGGCUUGUGGGGUUUCUCUUACAUCUACAGCUAUGGAGGAGCAGUCAGAAUCCAAGCAUAGUCAGAACGACUGCAGUUUGUUUUCAAGGAUGACACAUGAUCAAAGGAAAACUAUUACUGCUGCAAGUCAAGGGAUCCAAAGCCCAAUCAACAUGCAUGAAGAGGAGGAUGUAGCCAGAACUAAGCAGAUGCCAACUUUGUUAUCUGUUGACCACGUGGUCAAUGAUGUUCCUCUACCCCCAGCAGUAUCAUGGGAUGACAGCUUCACUAGCUUGAGCAUAGGAGGUUUGCUAUCUGAAGCUUCUUUGCUAAAUAAGAUAAAUAAUCCCACUGAAGGAUCAGACAACAAAUCCAACUUGCAGCCUAUUGAGUUAGUUUCUGAUAUAAGCAUAGGAGCUUUGCUGUCUGAGGCAUCUUUGCUGGACAAGAUCAAUAAUCAUGAACAGAGAUCAUGCAAGUCUUUAAGCUUCCAGCUAACUCAGCCAGUGUCUGAUUCAUGUAGAAGGGACUUGAUGUCUGGGGUGUCCUAUCAAUGCAACGUUGAGAACCCUGAUUUGAAGGCAGAAAAUGAAAAAGGAUAUCAGCCUGUUUACUCAGCUUCAGAAAUAGUUAUUGGUGGCUUACAGUCUGAAGAAUCCUUGCAAGGCAAGAUUAAUGCCUUUGAUGCAGCAUCCAGCAGGCCAGGACCGAAGCCAACUAUGGAAAAUGGAGCUUCACAAUUUUUAUUUCCAUGGGAUGAUAGUAUGAUAUCCUUGAGUAUUGGAGGCUUGCUCUCUGAAGCAUCCUUACAACGGUACUUUAGUUGUUGCAAUCCAAAGUCAAAAGAGGCUGCAUCAAGCGUUACCUUAAAUUCAUCUGAACCUUUUGCUGCCUCACAACUUAAUUUACAUACUCCAGCGCCUAAGUCACUUGUACCUGACUCAUUCUCUUCUAUCUUGGAUGCUGAAGAGACAUGCCAUGCCUUUUCCUUUGAAAAUCUCUCUUCAUCAAGAAAAAAAUCUAUGACUUCUGAUGGAGGAGACAAAUCUAAGGGAUCCUGCAAUGCCUUCAAAUCAAAGACAUCCACACCGCCUCAUACAAAUGAGCUGGCUGGCACUUGUUAAGAGACUUUUCUGUUGCUGAUCUUGUAGCUCGACGAACCAAGCCAAGCUUGCAAAUGAUCCUGCUGACCAGAAACUGAUGACUAAAGUUUUGCCUCAUCAUCAAGGAGCGUCUGAUGAAGCCAGCAGCCUUGGGCUAAGAGCAAAUAAAUGCAACGAGUUCAUGGGACCCUUUGAUCCGAGUCUACCCACUUCACUGCAGGUUACUACUGGUGGAGACGGUCUUAGUCUCAGCGGAUUUGUUUGGUAGCUCUCAAAUUUCUGUGGUGAAAGAAAGCAAAUCAGCUUGAAACCACUCGAGGAAAAAGUUCUAGAAACUGAGAAAUUUGUGUUUCCUUACCUGGUAGUGUUGCAAAGACAGAUUUGGUUCGUUGUGUAGGAGGAAUGAUAGUUGCAAGGAAAAUUUACAAAUUGACCAUGGCAAGAAUUACACCUUGCUUCGGAUCAUAUACAAAUUAGAAAAUCCCCAAAUUGGGAUUUCAGGUAUUAGAUUAGUUAAUGGUAUGUGAAUUUUGGUAUCUUCACCACAUUUUUAAAAAUUAUAGGAAAGAGGUUUUUCUUGUGAGUUGUGACUACCUGGUGGUCAGAGUCAUAGUUAAGCAAUUAAAGUUGCUGAUAAAUAUCUGAUACUUGGC